UUCCUCCCCAUCCUCCACCUUCUCCUCCAUGGGGUCUGUGGGGUCUGAUUUUCUAUGUAAAUCUAUGUAAACCUUUAAUCACUUCUUCCUCUUCCUCCUUUUCCACUCUCUUCCUUCUCCUCCUCUUCCCCCUCCUCCUCUUCCUCCAAUAACAACAAGCAGAUAAGAAGAAGAGGAAGAAAAUCAAGAAAAAAGAAAUAUAAAAGAGGAAAAAAAGAAGAUGAAGGUCAAGACUCAAAAGAAGAAGAAAAAAUAGUAGUCAGCAGUCAGUAGCAGGCAGCCAGCAGGUGAAGUUAGCAGUGAGUGAGCUCGAGUGGCCGGCACAAGGGUUCAAUGUGCUGUGUGGCCAAGGUGUGUGGCCGUGCCCCGUCCAGAGAAGAAGAAGAAGAGGCUGGAGACGGAGCCGGGAAGGGAGGGACGGCAGACACGGAAAGAGACAGUCAAAUAGUGAAAGGGAAAUAGUUAAGCCGUAAAUAGUGGUUGGAUGGUCCCGGAGGAGUUUGCUUGCCUCCACCUGCCGCCCCUCAGCCACAGUUAUACUCACUGAGUUGGAGGUUGGCAUAGGUAGAAGGCAUCAAAAUGUGGCCCUCUGCUGUGGCUGUGGGGGUCGCCAGCAUCCUAUGGUUUGGCAGCAGCCUCAACCGCUACCUUACCCUAGCUCUCUGCUCAGCCCUGUACAUCAUCCUUGGAGGUUCUUUAACCAUCUGGCAGAUAUACAAAACCACCCCAAGAGAUAUUAAGGGCUUGAUGCGGUUUAUUCGGCUGCAAUUAAAGCUCAAGCAUGCACAACGCAAUAACCUCAGUGUGCCCAAGAUAUUCCAGAAUGUUGUCUCCAAGCAUAGGAACAAAGUGGCUUUCUACUUUGAGGAUGAAUCAUGGACAUUUGCUCAGGUCGAUGAACUGAGCAACCGCAUCGGAAAUUAUUUUGCCAGUCAAGGCAUCAAACAUGGGGACUCUGUAGCUGUCUUCAUGGAAAACAGAGUGGAGUAUGUCUGUCUCUGGUUAGGACUUACUAAGAUAGGAGCAGUGCCUGCACUUAUCAACUAUAAUCUCCGUCUUGAGCCUUUGGUUCACUGUAUCAAAGUAGCAUCUUGUAAAGCCAUUGUGUGUGGUUCAGAAGUUCAAGAAGCACUAUGUGACAUAAAUGAAAGAAAGGAGAUUUCAGGCAUCCCCACUUAUGUAUAUGGUCCCAGGGAGGCAGAUAUUACCAUCCAAGGUGGCAAGGAUCUGGAUGAAGCCUUAUCUUCUGUACCAACCACCACCCCACCUCAACUUCAAAAUGUGAACUUUGCUGACAACAUGGUUUAUAUUUACACCUCUGGCACCACUGGUCUCCCCAAAGCUGCCAUCAUUAAACAUUCAAGGGCUUUCUUUGCUGCAGCAGGUAUGGGUGGAAUGAUUGGGUUAAUCUCCACUGAUAUUCUGUAUGACCCCCUGCCCCUCUACCACACUGCUGGAGGAAUCAUUGGUGCAGGCCAGACUCUGUUUUCAGGCAUCCCUUCUGUUAUAAGACGCAAAUUCUCAGCCACACAGUACUGGUCUGACUGUAUAAAGUAUGGCUGCACGGCUGGCCAGUACAUCGGGGAAAUUUGUCGCUACCUUCUCAACAUGCCUGAAAGACCUGAAGACAAACAGCAUAAGCUUCGCAUUAUGUUUGGAAAUGGUCUGAGGCCAACCAUAUGGGAAGAGUUUCAGAAGAGGUUCAAGAUUCCGAUGGUAUGUGAAUUCUAUGGAUCAACUGAAGGAAAUGCCAACAUCAUAAACAUUGAUGGAAGAGUAGGUGCAGUUGGCUUUGUGUCUGUUCUUUUCCCACGUGUCUAUCCUGUGGCCCUCCUGAAGGUGGAUGAGGAGACAAGAGAAAUCAUACGUGAUUCCAAUGGGCUGUGCAUCAGGUGCAAACCAGGUGAAGCGGGUGAAUUUAUCGGCAAGAUAAUACAAAAUGAUCCUGUCCGUGACUUUCAUGGUUAUGCCGACAAAAGUGCCACUAACAAGAAGGUGGUGAAGGAUGUCUUUUGUAAAGGAGACAUGGCCUUCCUCUCUGGUGAUAUUCUUGUUAUGGAUGAAGAAGGGUAUUUGUACUUCAAGGACCGUACAGGUGACACCUUCCGGUGGAAGGGAGAAAAUGUAUCGACUAUUGAAGUGGAGAACGUCAUUUCACGUGUAACUGGACUUACUGAUGUCAUAGUGUAUGGAGUGGAGGUCCCGGGAACAGAAGGACGGGCAGGAAUGGCAGCUGUUCUUGGCAGUGAUGAAGCACUGAACCUUGAGCAAUUGUAUGAUGGAGUGGCUAAGUCUCUGGCCUCCUAUGCCCGACCUUUAUUUGUCAGGACUGUGAAAAAAAUGGAGAUGACAGGAACAUUCAAACUGAAGAAAGUGACCGUUCAGAAGGAAGGCUUCAAUAUAAACAUCAUCAAGGAUAAAGUUUUCUUCUUGGAUGCAAAACAGAAGGCAUAUGUGCCCCUGACAGCAGAUCUUUACAACAAGAUCAUCAGUGGUGAAG